GGCCCUUCACGAAACGGACCAAACGCUACGUUGUUCACGCGUGUUGCGCCGCGGUUUCUAUCCCGGUUUACUCUCUGGUGUUCUUGCAGUGGUUAUUGUUGCGUGAGUGUUUUACGAUUAACAUGGGAUAUUGAGUUGCCAGGUGUUGUACAUUCGCGAUGGUAUUGUACGUAAAUAUGUUACUCUUGUUGCUGGUGGUUGUGUGUUGCGGCCCCGUCAUGGGGGUAAACGAGAACUUCCUGAAGAUGUUCGAGAACCAACAAACUCCGGUCGAUCCUUGCUACAACGAGGACCGACCCAGAAGAUGCAUGCCGGACUUCGAGAACGCAGCCUUCGGGGUGCCAGUUAAGGCUUCAUCCACCUGCGGUCUACAUGCGCCCAUGCAGUACUGCGAAGCACCCGAACCCGGUGCCACUCCUCAGUGUCACAUUUGCGAUGAGAGACAGCCCAGAAGUAGAUUUCCUGCAACCCACUUAACCGAUUUGAACAACCCUAACAACGUCACCUGCUGGAGAUCCGAACCUCUUCCACCGGUCACUUCAAUUAACGCCCCCCCGGACAAUGUCACUCUUCUUCUGUCGCUCGGCAAGAAGUACGAACUUACUUACGUAAGUCUGUCGUUCUGUCCCUUCACCCCCAAACCCGACUCUAUAGCCAUCUACAAGAGCAUGGACUACGGCAAAACCUGGCAACCUUUCCAAUUUUACUCGAGCCAAUGCAGACGUGUGUACGGACGGCCCAAUCGAGCUACCAUUACCAAAACUAACGAGCAAGAAGCCCGUUGCACCGAUGCCCACAGAUACACGGGAGGCGAGAACAUGGGCUUCGGUCUGUCGCCCAGAAUCGCCUUCUCUACCCUCGAGGGUCGCCCCAGUGCCCUCGACUUCGACACCUCGCCAGUCCUACAGGACUGGGUCACCGCCACGGACAUAAAAGUCGUCUUCAACCGCCUCCACAUGCCGGUGGAGGACUUAUCCGACAACCUGGACCAGAUCCUCGUCGACGAGCACUACCACAGCAAGCACAUCGACGACAACCAGACCCGCGAACCCUCCGUCCAGCUCAUCAACGAGAUGCAGGCCCUCGACAACGAAGAGAAACCCAACACCAAGUCGGGCUCCAACGGCGAGGUGGUCGCAAACGGCGUCAUGGGCGGCUACCAUCAGGUGACGCAUCAAUACGCGGUGGCGGAUUUCGCGGUCGGCGGACGGUGCAAGUGCAACGGGCACGCCAGUCAAUGCGUCGCGGAUCGGGAUGGUAAGCUGGCCUGCGAGUGCAAACACAACACGGCCGGUCGCGACUGCGAGCGAUGCAAACCCUUCCAUUUCGACAGGCCUUGGGGCAGAGCCACCGCCAAGGACGCCAACGAAUGCAAAGCUUGCGAAUGCAACCAGCACGCCCGCAAAUGCAGAUUCAACAUGGAGCUGUACAAAUUGUCCGGCCGCGUGUCCGGCGGCGUGUGUCUGAAGUGCCGUCACUACACGGCCGGCCGCCACUGUCACUAUUGCCGCGAAGGCUACUACAGGGACCCCACCAAGCAAAUUACGCACCGCAAGGCCUGCAAACCGUGCGACUGCCAUCCGGUGGGAGCCUCGGGGAAGACCUGCAACCAGGCUACAGGACAAUGCCCUUGCAAGGACGGCGUCAUAGGCAUCACGUGUAAUCGCUGCGCCAAAGGAUACCAACAGAGCCGGUCGCAUAUUGCACCCUGCAUCAAAAUCCCGGUGGUGGUGCAGAUGAUGGCUACGGAGGAGGAAUCGGACGACUACACCGGAGAGGAUCCGGACUCCGCGUCGGGAGAUCAGUGCGGAAAGUGCAAAGCCGCCACCAGAAGACUAAACCUCAACAAAUAUUGCAAGAGAGAUUACGCAAUAAUGGGAAAAGUGUUGUCAAGACUGGAUGGCGAGGAAGAGGAGCACACAAAAGGAUGGGUCAGAUUCAUGAUACACGUCGACCUUAUAUACAAAAAGUCACCCGGUUCCAGGAUACGAAAGGGUCCCGUUUCAAUGUUGGUACCAGCAUCUGAUUUGGCCUGCAAGUGUCCGAAAAUCAAGACCGGCAAAUCGUACCUGUUCCUUGGUAGGGAGAAGGACGAUUCGCCCGGAGGUAUAAUCACAAACAGCCUGGGCGUAACCCAGAGAUCCAUUGUGAUCGAAUGGAAGGACGAGUGGGACCAGAGGAUGCGCAGGUUCCGUCGCAGAGCCCGCAAAUGCAAAUGAAAUGCCAAACAUCCCGAAACCGCCAACUUACAACACUAUUAAACACGUCAACGUCAUUUCGGUUCUAAAUUUUAAUUAAUCGCCAAACGGACGAACUGCCCAACAUCUUUCGAAUUGACAAUAAAUCCAACAGGACAUAUCAGUGAAAGGGGUUUUACUUUUUGCUUGUUUCCUUUGGCUUCUUUUCAGGCCAGUUUGUUUAAUUGAAGGCCUAAAUAGCACAAAAUACUAUAAUUGAUUGUGGAAUAAAUUUGUUGGGCAGUUCACCCGACAUAGCUUACAGUCUCACUGUGAUUUAUUUAUAUUAUUUCAGUAUUGUAAAAUCUCAUUUAGCUUGAGGCUCUUGUGACUUACCAUAUUUUAAUUACAUUAAAAAAAAUGCACUGUACCAAACGCAUUUAUAUAUGUUUUAGUUAAUAAUUGUAAUAUUUUAUAUUUUGUAAAUAUUUUUUAUUAAGAUAACGCUGAUGCAUUAGUGAGUAUAAUUUAUUUUGAAUGAUGAGUGUGAGAUUUCGAGGAUAGUCACGAUUUUAAUCAAAAUAUGCAUAAAUUUUAACAUUUUUGAAAAGCUCCUUAAAACAUUAACAACGUCGUAUCUCGUUGAUAUUUAUCUAUUGUUAAUUAUAUGAGAUUAGUCAAUCUAAAAUUAAAACCAGCCACAAAACUCUUUACCUAUAAUUUAUGCUUUAAUCGCCAGAUUUAAUUAAUUUACGCAAUAAUUCACCGCUUACAAACAGAAUAUUAAACGGACUGACUAAUCUAACUUGUUUGAAGUUAAGAUAUAAGAAUAAGCCAAAGCUUUCAUGGUUUAACUAUAACUUGCAAUAAAAAAGUCGACGGUUUAUUGCAUUUUACAAACAUGUAAAAUCGGAACAAUUACUUUAUUCUAGUUUGUCUUCCAAUUUUGUUUAAUCCUUUCGAACAAUAAAUAAAUUAUUUUGGUACUUAUUGGUGACCUUGCUUUAAAUUUCGAUUAUACAUGUUUGAUCAUAAAGUAUGAAUGGAUAAUGAAGAAGUUAAGAUUGUACAGUAUUAUAAAUUGUUUGCUAAUAUAAAUAUUCCAUAUUAAUUAUGUAUAAUCUAAGCAGCUAUAUUAAUGUAACAUUUAUACUAGUUCCUAGAGGCCAUAUUAAAAAUCUAAAUGUUUUUAAAAUGUUAUAAAUAAUCCUAGACUCUAGUGUUUGAUGUUGUCAACAUAUCAACUGUAUGUAACGUGUUUUUAGCAAUAUUCUACUAUGGAGAGGAAAUACUGAUUUGAACUCAUAAUUUUUAAAACCGUAUUUGUACUUUAUGCAUACACAUAAUUCAUGCAUGUCUAUUUAAAAAGGUUUAUUUUGAUUACGAACAUGAUUAUAUUGAACAGCAAUGUCGACUUCCAUAGAAUGAAAAUUAGUCACAUUUACUUGCAACAUCAUCAAUAAUUUGUAAAUUCUUUGUGUACCUAAUAAAUUUAUUGUAAUAAAUGUAUUAUG